GAAGCCUAUUAUCUCCUCUUUGUCCUUUUCUCCGCGGGCUUGGCGCUGAUGCUGGUGCCCAACAAGAACCUCGAUGGCCGGUCGCAUGUGGCCUUCCAGCUCAAUCGCUUGAUGGCGCUUCUCGUGCUGAUGAAGGUUUAUGUCAGCGUCAUCGACCCGGCUCCCCUCAAGCCGUUCUACGCUCAGGGGGACAACAGGACCUUCACGCGUACGCGUCCCUCUUCAGAUGACAGCUUGGCACAGCGGGUGCUGCAGCAGCUGGAAGUGUACAUGACCCGUUUAUCGGUCCGACGUGAAGUGGGCCUGUUCCACCGGCAGGUCUUUUCCAUCAUGCUGCUCCCGCUGCUCUUCCUUCAGUUGUAUUGCAUUAACUAUUUUGAGGCGGCUUCGCUGAUGUUCUAUCCUGUCAUUGUCUUCUCCGGACUCUUCAUCGGUUAUGUGGUGUGCCAAGAAGUGCCGGUCAUCGUCACCCGUCGUCGAACUCUGACUAAGGUCAAGAACUUGUUGACCUAUGUGCUUGAGCAGUGCGAUGACACUGAGAUGCGGGAGGUGUACUUGAGGGCGAAUUUGGCAUCCAUCUUCCAGGCCACGCGCUACGAGGUGCAUGAACUCCUGGUAGAGAGUGCCCUUCGAAAAGGGCUUCUGGACAAGUGGAGCAAAGCCAUGCUCCUGAACGGCAUGCAGAAGUACGGCAUCAACGGGAGGCGGAACGAAUAUGUGGCAGACUUGAUUCUCAGCUGUCGAGAUGAAGAACUGACAGAUUUGAAAAGUAUCCUCGACAGCACUGGCGACUACAACUGCCUUUUCAAGUUGAUCUACAACGACCUUCGCUCCUCUGCCGUGCGGCAAAAGGUGCUGUACCAUAUCGCCAAGGAGGCACAUGCAGCCAGGAUGAUCAACUCUGGAGCUGUUGGAAUCAAGGUUCUGAGCGACAUCGACGACACCUUGCUGUGUAGCGGUGGCCACUUCCCGGCGGGUUGUGAUGAUCGGAUUCCAAAGCACAUGGUUUAUCCUGGCGCACUUCAACUCUUCCGGGAACUGGACAGGAGUUGGACGCCGGAGGAUCCCUGCUGCAACUUGGCGCUCUUGUCUGCUCGGCCCCACGUCUACAAGGACAUCUCAGAGAGCAAGAGCUUCGCCAAGUUCAACGACCUCUUUUUCACAGGACGGUUGCACUGUGUACCCACGCUGCUGCCUGGUUCCCUCUCCUUGGGCCUUUGGGCCGUCGUGAAGGCGCUCUUCAUCGCGGCGCAUGGCUGGCGGGACGUCGGGGAGCGGAAGGCCAAGAUGUUUGAGCAGUACAAGGCCCCCAGCGAUGUCGGCGCCGGUUCCACGCGCCUCCCGGUGGGUCGGUACGGUGGAUUUCGGGGCAGAAGGCAAGAAGGAUGCGAGACCGGCGCCAGAUGGAGUUGGUUUCUAUGGCUCCUGAGGGUUCCGAAUCUUCUCCGGGGCGCCCUGCCGAAGCCCCCUCGUGCGCGCCGAAGAUGUCGAUGGCAGCUGGUCCAGUUGCCGCUUGCGCGGAUGCAAAGAGGAGCUGCAUGUUCUUUGGCUGGAGAGACUCCUCAGGCCUUGUAUGGCGAGUACGACUUCAUUUUCUUCGGUGACAAUGGCCAGGGCGACUUGUUGGCGGGUCAGCUCUUGGUCAACGCUGAGAAGGAGAACAUGCAAGCUCAGAGCGAGGAUGAGGACAGCAGCGAUGGCGAGCCAGCCAAGUCCUUUGGCUUUUGCUGCUGCCGAAGGAAGAAGGCCGACAGAACUUGGACUUGGAAGCGCGGGCAAGGUCCGCAGCUCAAGGCAGUGAUGAUCCAUGAGGUGCUCCCGGACGAACAAUCUUUGAGCCUGGAGCCCUUGGACCAGCGAACGGUGACCUGGAGGCAGCAGUUGGAAGCUUCUGGGAUUUUCUUUUUCACCAGUUAUCCAGAUGCCGCGCUCAAGCUGCAUCAGAGGCAUCCGAACCUGAUCUCGAUCAGACAGCUGCGGAGCGUCAUCGAGGCGGCCAUCACAGACUUCGACCAUGACCGAAAGUUUCUGGCGGAAUGGGAGGAUUGGGGCCACAUGGAGGCCAUCUUGCACAAAGAUAUCCAACGUGCUUGCGAGGUGGUCGCAGCAGGGGGCGAUCCCUGUCAGCUGGUCUUCAAGGAGACGGAGGAGCUCUUUCAGCAGGACGCGACAUCGCUGACACGUCGGAGGACGUUCCUACGUGGCAUUCAGAAGCGGGUGCACCCCUCUGCCACUAACUACUGCAUUGAGGAAGAGACCGUGACCGAGGACAGUGAGGCGACCGGCUCACGCUCCGACGUCUCCGUGGACAGCUGGUUCCACACGCGCGGUUGGGUCCGUGCGGCCACGUCCAUCGGCUUCGACCACUUGGGACCCCAGCCGGCGCUCAUGCGCCGCAUUGGGUCUGCUUGGAAAGAGAUACAAGCAAUGAAUCACAACGAUGCCCUGUGACCGCUUCCCAUUUCAACUGGUGUGAGUGUGACAUCUUAGUCUUUUUUGUUUUUGUCGUGAGGCCUGGCCUCUUACGCAAUGUCACCACGGAGCUUUUGUUUCUACUUUAGUCCUAU